AUGGGCCGAGACAACGAUUUCGAAGGGAAAGUUAUUGCCAUAACUGGUGGAGCUUCUGGAAUUGGACUGUCUACUGCACAAAUCCUCCUCUCCAGAGGCGCCAGAGUUGCAAUCGGCGAUGUCGACGAUGCAGCAAUUGAGAGCGCGACCAAGUCACUUCAGCCUGCUGACAGGGUCCUGAUCACCAAAGUCGAUGUUUCGAAUCGUGGCAAUGUGGACUCAUGGAUCAAAGCUGUUGUUGAGAAAUUCGGCAAGCUGUCUGGAGCCGCCAAUUGUGCGGGUGUAAUUGGAAAGCACCAUGGCACGAGAAAGGUCGAGGAGUUGGAAGAUGACCAGUGGGAUCUGAUCAUGGCUGUCAAUCUUACAGGUAUGAUGUACUGCAUGAGAGCACAGCUUCAAAACAUGCCAGGGCCUGGUAGUGUUGUCUGUGUCAGUUCUGUUCAAGGCACAUUGGGAUUCGCGAAACAUGCUGCAUACGCCGCAAGCAAGCACGGGAUUCUAGGUCUCGUUCGAAGUGCAGCGAAAGAAGUGGGCGAGCGGAAUAUCAGAGUCAACGCUGUGACGCCAGGAUCCAUUCAAACGCCGCUCAUGGACAAGCGCAAUGCUCUUGAAGGUGUAGAUCCGAACGACCACGCAGUCACGCCAAUCAAUAGGAUGGCGCAGCCAAGUGAGGUAGGCAAUCUCAUUGCCUGGCUUUUGAGUGAUGAGGCGACGUUCGUGAGCGGCGCUACGUAUGCUGUGGACGGUGGUUGGGCUUGUUGA